AGUAGGUAAAAAAAUUACGGCUAUUCCAAUUUUAGAAACGCUAUCCUCUUUUUUACACACAAAAAAGAAAGAAUUGAUCCCUCCAAUCAGGCCCUGCCCCAGACGCACAGAGGCGCGCCCGCACGGGCAGCGGGCAUGUCCGCUCCCCACUGCUCGCCGCCGCCGGCGGAUCUCCCGCCGGACGACGUCUUUCGGGAGAUCUUCCUCCGCCUCCCGCCGGACCCUAGCUUCCUCUUCUCUGCCUCGCUCGUCUGCAGGCGCUGGCGCCGUCUCAUUCGCAGCCCCGCUUUCCUCCACCGCUUUCGCGCAUUCCAUCGAACACCUCCCGUGCUUGGCUUCUUCCAGAACCUUUGGACGCUCCCCACAGGCAGGCGCAUCCGCUUCGUCCCCACUACCGGCCCCGCCACGCGUAUCUCCCUGCCGCCAGGCUUCCCGGACUGGGUCCUGGACUGCUGCCACGGUCGCGUCCUCCUCUACAGCUAUUCGGACCGGGAGCUCCUUGUCUGGGACCCCAUGACUGGCGACAAGCACUACGUGGGAGCGCCUCCGGACCUGGUCGGCGAGGACGUCGCCGCCGCUCUAGUCUGCGCAGCCGACCACGUUGACCACACCGACUGCCACUCGAGUCCGUUCCAAAUCAUCUUCUUGGACUGCAGGGAGGACGAUCAAUACUGGGUAUGUGCUUGCGUCUACUCCUCCGAAACUGAAGUCUGGGGCAGUUGUGCUGCAAUUACAAUCCCAUCCCUUGUCAGCUCGGACUCGAGCGCCCUUGUGGGCAAUUCGGUGUACUGGAAGAUCAUUUUUGCCGAGGAAGACAGCAAUCACAUUCUUGAGUUUGAACUGCGCAGCCAAAGAUUGGGUUUGAUUGAGCUGCCAGAAGGCAUCAGGGAAAACUACAUGUCAGAUAUUCACAUUAUGCCGGCAGAGGAUGGCAGCAUUGGGUUUGCUGGUGUGAGCUAUUCUAGUAUCCAUUUCUGGUCAAGGAGGAUUGACUCUGAAGGUGUGGCGGGGUGGGCAUUGCUCAGGAUAAUUGAUAUGGAUAAGCUCACUCUGUCUAGUAUGCCAGCUGGAGAUAUGUUCUUGUGGUCAUCUGUAGUUGCAUUUGCUAGGGAUAGCGAUGACCUUUUCCUUCAGGCGGAAGGUGGCAUCUUCAUGAUCAAAAUCAGGUCAAUGCAGCUCCGGAAAGUGCGUGAAGCAAGUGGUUCAGCCAUUUAUCCCUAUGCAAGCUUCUACACUAGAGGUUGCGACAUUGUGGGCAUAGAUGACAUAGAUGACUAAAUCUUGCUUUAUUAGCUUGGGAGGAAGGAUGAUAUAUCACUCAGUUGCUUGCCGGUGUCCCUGACUCCUGAGGCCAUGAUCAGUAUUUUGUUAACUGUGCGUCAUUGCUCGCCAAUGAUCAUCUUCAUGCCGGUGGCCCUGACUCCUGAGGCCUGUAAUGUUUUCAUCUUUGCUGCUGAACAUGAUUCUGUUCUGCUUGUUGAACAUGAACCUCAGAAUCUGUAUUGCUCGGCACAGUGCCCUAUUCUACAAUCAUGGCGACCAGGGGGGCUGGGGUGGCAGUGUCUAUUUUGUUGCAAUGAGUUCUUAAUCCGGAAUAAAUCCCGAUCUUUUGUUGUACA